UCCGCGCACGAACAGCCUUCCCCCGGCGGGCGCGAAGCGAUGCCCAUCUCCGGUCUGGCAGGAGGAGGAGUCGGGGUCGGAGUCCCCAGGGGAAACGCCGGCCGCUCCGCGUCCCGUUGCCCCGCCGCCCUCCCAGGGGGAGGAUGACAAUGGAAAGACACUGAUCUAGCCGGGGCUGCAAUGAAUCCGUGCUCUCUGGCUGAGCCCUCUCCGUACGCCUCGCCCGACAAGGGCUCAUUUCUCGCUCCGUGGGGCAUUUUUAACUCCCCCCUACCAGCUCUCGGUGGGCUGAGAGCUCCCUGCUUCUGUCGUGGCACCCUUAGCUCGCCCUGGGAGAGGCUGAACGAGUCUCCAGCCCCACUCUCGGCUAAUUGCUUUAUUGCUGUCCCGGUUCCACCGAAGGGUUCCUCCUUCCCUCCAACCUCGGCGGGGGUUUGGCUCUUGUCGUACCCCCGAUGUUAAAAAUUAGGCUUCGAUUUCAGGAGCAACGUCAAGAAAAAAGGGAACAUAUAUGUAGUCAUAGCCUUGCUGAGUGAGAAAUAAACACAUGCACACUCGCAGCUUCCUGGCGAGACUGGGUUUCGGGAAAGGACCAGCGCGGAGCAGCCGCUGUAGGGAGCGAGCGGAGGGCGGCUGCCGGCGGCUCGCGGCUCCCCACACCUCUCGCCACCCCCGCAGGAAGAGCUUUCCUCUCCGCUCUUCCCUCUGCUUCUCUCGUUUCCGAGAAAAUGCCAGUCCGGAGAGGCGUCUCCCGGCAGGUUUGUCGCCUCUCCCCGCCUUCCCCCUGAGCCGAGCCAUUCCUGCCCCUUGGCACCGCGGCAAAGAGAUGCUCUACCCUUCCCGCUCCGGCGGGCCCGAGCCCCGAGCCCUGAGCAGCCCCAGGCGUGCAGGAGACAUCGCUCUUCCUCUGCAUUGUUGGGCGUCUGUCCUUGAUUUCGGAAGUGCUGAGAGCGAUGGUGAAAUACGUGCGCUGUGGAUACCGGGGCUGGGCGUUGAAAACGAACCCCGAAAAAUAAACGCCCAUCGAAGACACUUGAACUGAAAUGCAGCUGAAACGGACAAGAACCAGGCUCCGAAGUGUCCUCGGUCUGUAAAUGUUCGUCUCAGGUUAAUUGCCUAUUGACCGAAGGAGAUGUCCUGGUGUUACCGAACGCCCUGGUAACACCUCCCCCAGUUAACCAGUCCCAGAACAUGGGUGCAGCUCUCCCAGCGACACAACGAAAUAUGCCCUCAGAUGGACCGGGAAUUGCAGAACUGGUGCAAAAACGUUGUAUGCCGCCCAAUAUGCGAUAAAAAUCUUCUCGGGGUUUGGUUGCUUUAGCCACUUUAAUCUGCAAGUUCAGCACAGACGUUGGGGCAGUCAAUGUCCUUUGGAGAAACGCUGAUCUCGAUUAACAAGAGACCGAAGCUUAAUCCUUUCAACGAUUACUUACAUCCCAGAACCGUCUUAUUUAUAAUUAUUUAAGAUUCUAAAAUGGACGUAUUUAUACUUGUCUAAGUGUGCAUACAAGUCUAUAUAUAGAGUUAGAGAUGUAUAUCUCCUCAGUGCCCUUUUCCCUGCUAGACAUGCGGCUGGGGCAACUCUGCUGAGCGUGAAACCAGGAGAACGAGAAGCCACUUUGAAUGUUUUAUUUCUUGCACUUGUCCCUCGGAUAGGUGUUUUAAAUGUGCGUCUGCUUUUAAAGAUGUGCCUGGGGGGGAAAGGAGGGGGACAGCGAACUGUAAAAAUGCAAAUAAAAGUUGGCACUGGAAAACUUCGGACUUGUAUUGGCAAAGUUUGACCCACUCCACCUGAAACGAAGACGGUUUGCCAAUUUCCAUCAUUUUCAGAUCGAAACUGACUUUAUCCACAGAUGCGCUGUGUAGAGGAAGAAAAGUCGUAUAAAGAAAUCAAACCGUGAAGUUUUCUUUCCGGGGAGUUAAUUUUUAUUCUAAAACCAUGGGCCGGUUAUUAUGGCGAAAAAUUAUUGAUGAUGAAUGAUGAUGAGGAGGAGGAUGAAGAUUAUGACGAUGAUGAUGAGAAUAACGUUGCAAAUUCCGUCCAAAUGGUUUCUAUACAUAUAUCAGCGAGAACCACCCUCAUUUUGUUGAUUGAAGACGGAAACAUUCCCUUCAAUAAAACGUCACGCUGGAAAGGAGCCGCGGAUCCUUUUUUUACCCCAAGCCUGGGGAGCGCCCGGCAGAAGGGCACGUCGGAAGCCGGGAAGAUGCGCCAGGUGAACAACUUUCUGGGCGGAACCGGGCGUUUGUUGUAUCUCAUCAAGCUGCAAGCACAGUGCCGGGGAAAAGAAGGCAACAACAAGUCCCAGAAUGAGCGGCGUCGGGGCGAUGGGACAGCAGGGAAUGGGGUGGCGGCAGCACAACGACACCUGCCCGUGGAGGGGCCGCGGAGCGAUGUUCCCUCCUGCGGGACGGCUCCAGGCAGCGGCGCUCCGGGCGGGAAUCCCGGGGUCUCCUGCCGGGGCCUCGCCGCCGCUCCCGGCGCUCCACGUGCUGCCGCCGUCGAGGCUGAGCUCCGGUCAAUGCCUGCCCAGGGCCGGGGGGACAGGGCCGGCCCAGGCGGGCUCCCCGCGGCCGGACAGCCCCGCGGAUGGCGAGGGCAGCAGGAUUUCGUUGGCCUUUACCGCAAUCGUCGCAAAGGCAAGGCGAAUUUCCCCGUGGGGAAGGCUAGCGGGAGCGGCUCUCACGCUCCCCGCCGCAGCAUCCCUGGGAGUCCCGGGAAGCGGAGCGCCCCGGCCUUCCCAGAACCCCUUCCCAGAACGGGCCGGGGUCCCCGAUGUCGGCAUGCCUGUGCGCCCUCGGCUCGGAUGGGCACGAAAGAAGCGUCCCUACCUCCCCUCAAAGGGGUGCCGACACCUUUCGCUGCUCUCUUGGGCAGAGCCAGCUCCCGCCGCCAGUAUCCCUCUAAUGUCAUAGUGACCCCCUCUCCGCGGGAAAACUGGGAUCUUCCCCGCUCCCUUUGGAGCUGCCCGGCUGUCACCUUUCUUUUCCUCCAGAAUAAAGGGGAAAAGGGUGGGGAUUGCCCCCAUAUCUCUGAUGUGGGUAUUGCCCGCCACUUCAUCUUUCCAAAAGACGCAUCACUCAUACCCAGAGCUUCCGCUGUUAGUUGCAUCUGUAGCACUGUAAAUUUUUACUGCUGUAAUUUUUAAUUUCUGACGUGUUUAAUAAUUAAAACGG